AUGUCAUAUGCAAGUCAACUUCUAUGCACCACUAUCCAAGCACCUUUACAAAGAUUGCCAUUAUUUUAUUGUGAGCUCCUCCAGUGCUGGAAAUAUGUAGAUAAAGUGCGUAAGUUCAAUGAUAAUAACGUAACUGAUAUUCUUAAUGAGCCACUGUUUAACAACGCACUCAUCAUACAUCCCAUAAGAAAUGAGCCUUUUGCGCUCAGACAUUUUGUUGACGCGGGAAUAACCAAAGUAUGUGAUUUGGUAUCAGAAACGAAUAAAACUUGGUUGGAGGCCGCUGAUAUGUCGGAUAAAAUUAAAAUCCAUUCCGAACGUAUUCUCCAUCUCAGUAUCAAGGUCAUUCACGAUUCUAUUCCUACCAAAUGGAAAGAUACUAUCAACACCUACUUCAAAGGGAACGGGAAGUGUAAUCAACCUCUUUCACAUCAGAGCUUUGAACUGCACUUUUCUGAUGAACUAAAUUUGCCACUAUAUAAGUUUGAAAAAGGCGCAAUCUAUAAAUAUCUAAUACGUGUCCAGUCAAUAACACAACACUUACAAAAACUUGACACUGUUUGGCGGGACAUCCUUAGUCUGCCUGAAAGUGCUAAACCCAACUUCAAGGAUUGCUAUGAAACACCAGUCAUUAACAAAUAUGGGGAUCUGCAAUGGCGUAUUGUCCAUGGUGCCUUUCCAACGGGGAGAUUUCUGUUCAAAGCUCGUUUGAACAAUUCUGAUAAAUGUCCCUUUUGUGAUGAAGUUGACACACUUCAACACAUUUUUUAUGAUUGUCCAUCAAAUAGCGCCUUACUCCAUUAUUUUAAUAACAUCGCGUCGCGACUGCUUCAACCAGAUUUUCGCAUUCCGAUUUGGUGGUUCACUAUUUUACCACCCCAUCGCUCAAAACACUUUAUGUCUCGCAAAGCACAAGUGACACCUACACCUAUCAGUACAGCUAUCGUGUCUACAGUACUCCCUGGAACUGAUUCAGUCACAGCUACAACAACUCUACCUGCAACAGUAUCUACAACUGAAUCGGUUCCAAAGCCACGUGGUCAGAAGUUAGUUAUCGAUGCAUCAUCAGACGUGUCUGUUACUACACCCAUGCCUGAAAUGCAAGAGUUGUCAGCUUGUUUGUGGUUAAAAACAAAAGUUACCAACAAGGGGACACCAAUAUCUUAUGCUGUCAGUGGAAGCUUUAGUGAGUUCGUUCUAUAUGACACUAGUAAUUUGGAAGUCUUUGUACGACUGAGUGGUGGUGGCAACAGUGGCAUUUUCGUGCAUGACAAUGAAUGGCACCAUUUGUGUGUCACUUGGUCAUCUAAUGGUGGUAGGUGGCGUAUAUAUGACAAUGGUGCUUUGGGUGCCUCUGGUUUCAAUCUUCAGAGUGGUAACAUAAUCAGAGGAGGUGGUGUCCUGAUUAUUGGUCAAGAACAAGACAGCUUAGGUGGUGGAUAUGAUUCUAGCCAGGCAUUGAAAGGCGAAAUGACGUUUUUCAAUAUGUAUAGCAGAAUUCUGAGUGAUGAUGAAAUAGGGCAACUCGCUGCAGAGUGUAAUGGUGAAACAGAAGGUGACCUGUUUGCUUGGAGUUUGGAUAAUCUUGAUCUUGGUGGUAGUGUUGAAGUUCUUGAAGCAGAUAUAUGUCUUGAAUGGACAGGUGAUGAGAAGUUAGUUGUUAAUGCAUGGUCAGACGUGGCUAUUAGAACACCCAUUCCUGAACUGAGAGAGUUUUCAGCUUGUUUGUGGGUAAAAACAAAAGAAACCAACCAAGGGACGCCAAUAUCCUAUGCUAUAAGUGGAAGCAUGAAUGAGUUUAUCCUAAUAGAUACCAGUGACUUGAGAGUCGUUGUACGAGACAGUAAUGGUGGCAACAGUGGUAUUGGUGUGAAUGAUGAUGAUUGGCACCAUUUGUGUGUCACGUGGUCAUUUAAUGGUGGUAUGUGGGGUAUCUAUGAUGAUGGUGCUUUGGCUGCAUCUGGUUCAAGUCUUCAAAGCGGUUAUGUCAUCCAAGGCGGUGGCGUACUGAUCCUUGGCCAGGAACAAGACAGCUUACGUGGUGGAUAUGAGUCUAGCCAGACAUUGAAAGGAGAGCUGACAUACUUCAAUAUGUGGAGCAGAAUUCUGAGUGAUGAUGAAAUAGGGCAACUCGCAGCAGAGUGUAAUGGUGAAACAGAAGGUGACCUGUUUGCUUGGAGUUCAGGUGAUAUUGAUCUAGAUGGUCGUUAUGAAACUCUUCCAGCGGAUGUAUGUUUUGCCGUUCCAUGGACAGGUACUGAGAAGAUAGUUGUUGAUGCAUCAUCAGAUGUGGCUAUAACCACACCUAUCCCCGAACUAAGAGACGUUUCAGCUUGUUUGUGGAUAAAAACAAAAGAAACCAACAAGGGCACACCAAUAUCCUAUGCUGUCAGUGGAAGCUUUAGUGAGUUCGUUCUGUAUGAUACCAGUAAUUUGCAAAUCUAUGUACAACUGAGUGGUGGUGGCAAGAAUGGUAUUUCUGUACAUGACAAUGACUGGCACCAUUUGUGUGUAACUUGGUCCUCUAGUGGUGGCCUUUGGCGUAUAUAUGACAAUGGGGUUUUGGCUACAGCUGGUUCAGAUCUAGAAAGUGACAAUGUAAUCAGAGGAGGUGGUGUACUGGUACUUGGCCAGGAACAAGACAGCUUACGUGGUGGAUAUGAGUCUACUCAGGCAUUUAAAGGGGAAAUGGCAUACUUCAAUAUGUGGGGCAGAAUUCUGAGUGAUGACGAAAUAGGGCAACUCGCAGCAGAGUGUAAUGGUGAAACAGAAGGUGAUCUGUUUGCUUGGAGUUCGGGUAAUAUUGAUCUUGAUGGAAGUUAUGAAACUCUUCCAGCUGAUAUAUGUCUUCAGUGGACAGGUGACGAGAAGUUAGUUGUUGAUGUAUCAUCUGACGUGGCUAUUAGAACACCCAUCCCUGAACUGAGUGAGUUAACAGCUUGUCUGUGGGUAAAAACGAAAGAAUCCAACCAGGGGACACCAAUAUCUUAUGCUAUCAGUGGAAGCUUUAAUGAGUUCAGCCUAUUCGAUACCACUGAUUUGAGAGUCGUUGUACGAGACAGUGAUGGUGGAAACAGUGGUAUUGAUGUGAAUGAUAAUGAUUGGCACCAUUUGUGUGUCACGUGGUCAUCUAAUGGCGGUCUAUGGGAAAUAUUUGACAAUGGUGUUUUGGUUGCUGUCGGUUCAGGUCUUCGGAGUGGUUAUGUAAUCAGAGCAGAUGGUGUACUGGUACUUGGCCAGGAACAAGACAGUUUACGUGGUGGAUAUGAAUCCAGUCAGGCAUUGAAAGGAGAAAUUGCGUACUUCAAUAUGUGGAGCAGAAUUCUGAGUGAUGAGGAAAUAGAACAACUCGCAGAAGAGUGUAAUGGUGAAACAGAAGGUGACCUGUUUGCUUGGAGUUCAGGUGAUAUUGAUCUUGACGGCACUUAUGAAACUUUUGCAGCUGAUAUAUGUAUUGCUGUUCCAUGGACAGGUAAUGAGAAAAUAGUCGUUGAUGCAUCAUCAGAUGUGGCUAUUACCACACCCAUCCCUGAACUGAGUGACGUGUCAGCUUGUUUGUGGGUAAAAACAGCAGAAGCCAACCAGGGGACACCACUAUCCUACGCUAUCAGUGGAGGCUUCAAUGAGUUCAACCUAUUCGAUACCAGUGAUUUAAAAGUCAGUGUACGAGAGAGUAGUGGCCGCAACAGUGGCAUUUCCGUAAAUGACAAUGUUUGGCACCAUUUGUGUGUUACUUGGUCAUCGAGUGAUGGCCUGUGGGGUAUCUAUGACAACGGUAAUUUGGCUGAAUCCGGUUCAGGUCUUGAAAUUGAUAAAGUAAUUAGAGGCGGUGGUGUACUGGUACUUGGCCAGGAACAAGACAGUUUACGUGGUGGAUAUGAGUCUAGUCAGGCAUUGAAAGGAGAAAUGGCGCACUUCAAUAUGUGGAGCAGAAUUCUGAGUGAUAAUGAAAUUGGGCAAAUUGCAGCAGAUUGUAAUGGUGAAACAGAAGGUGCCCUGUUUGCUUGGAGUUCGGGUGAUAUUGAUCUAGACGGCACAUAUGAAACUUUUCCAGCUGAUCUAUGUCUUACGCCUGCACCAACUACGAUACCUACAUCAACCCCCACAACUGAAUCAGAAACAACUGCACCAGUCAUUACAACUACUAUACUUACAACGGUCUUUACAACUGAAUCGGCUCAAGGGGCAAGAGGUGAAAAGUUACUAGUUGAUGCAUCAUCUGACGUGGCUGUUACUACACCCAUCCCCGAAAUGUCAGAGUUGUCAGCGUGUUUGUGGUUAAAAACAAAAGUUACCAACAAAGGGACACCAAUAUCUUAUGCUGUCAGUGGAAGCUUUAGUGAGUUUGUUCUAUACGACACUAGUAAUUUGGAACUCUAUGUACGACUGAGUGGUGGUGGCGACAGUGGCAUUUCUGUACAUGACAAUGAAUGGCACCAUUUGUGUGUCACUUGGUCAUCUAAUGGCGGUACAUGGGCUAUAUAUGACAAUGGUGGUUUGGGGGCUUCUGGUUUAAAUCUUCGGAGUGGUAGCUCAAUCAGAGGUGGUGGUGUCCUGAUUAUUGGCCAAGAACAAGACAGCUUAGGUGGUGGAUAUGACUCUAACCAGGCAUUGAAAGGUGAAAUGACGUAUUUCAAUAUGUGGAGCAGAAUUCUGAGUGAUGAUGAAAUAGGGCAACUCGCUGCAGAGUGUAAUGGUGAAACAGAAGGUGAUCUGUUUGCUUGGAGUUUGGAUAAUCUUGAUCUUGGUGGUAGUGUUGAAGCUCUUGAAGCAGAUAUAUGUCUUGAAUGGAUAGGUGACGAGAAGUUAGUUGUUGAUGCAUCAUCUGACGUGGCUAUCAGAACAUCCAUCCCCGAAAUGAGUGAGUUAACAGCUUGUUUGUGGGUAAAAACAAAAGAAACCAACCAGGGCACGCCAAUAUCUUAUGCUAUCAGUGGAAGCUAUAAUGAGUUCACCCUAUUCGAUACCACUGAUUUGAGAGUCGUUGUACGAGACAGUAGUGGUGGAAACAGUGGUAUUGAUGUGAAUGAUGAUGAUUGGCACCAUUUGUGUGCCACGUGGUCAUCUAAUGGAGGUAUAUGGGGUAUCUAUGAUGAUGGUGCUUUGGCUGCAUCUGGUUCAGGUCUUCGGAGUGGUAGUAUAAUCAGAGGAAGUGGUGUACUGGUACUUGGCCAGGAACAAGACAGCUUCCGUGGUGGAUAUCAAUCUAGUCAAGCAUUGAAAGGAGAGCUGGCAUACUUUAAUACGUGGAGCAGAAUUCUGAGUGAGGAUGAAAUAGGGCACCUCGCAGCAGAGUGUAAUGGUGAAACAGAAGGUGACCUGUUUGCUUGGAGUUCGGGUGAAAUUGAUCUAGAUGGUCGUUAUGAAACUCUACCAGCUGAUGUAUGCUUUGCUACUCCAUGGACAGGCAAUGAGAAAAUAGUUGUUGAUACAUCGUCCGAUGUGGCUAUUACCACACCCAUCCCUGAACUGAGAGACGUGUCAGCUUGUUUGUGGGUAAAAACAAAAGAAACCAACAAGGGGACACCAAUAUCCUAUGCUAUCAGUGGAAGCUAUAAUGAGUUUAACAUAUUCGAUACCAGUGAUUUGAAAGUCCAUGUACGAGACAGUGAUGGCCGCAACACUGGUAUUGCUGUGAAUGAUAAUGACUGGCACCAUUUGUGUGUCACGUGGUCGUCUAUUGAUGGCAUAUGGGGUAUUCAUGAUGGUGGUGCCUUGGCUGCAUCUGGUUUUGGUCUGCAGAGUGGUAACGUAAUCAGAGAAGGUGGUGUAUUGGUACUUGGCCAAGAUCAAGACAGCUUACGUGGUGGAUACGAGUCUAGUCAGGCAUUGAAAGGAGAGCUGGCAUACUUCAAUAUGUGGAGCAGAAUUCUGAGUGAUGACGAAAUAGGGCAACUCGCAGCAGAGUGUAAUGGUGAAACAGAAGGUGACCUGUUUGCUUGGAGUUCGGGUAAUAUUGAUCUUGAUGGUGGUUAUGAAACGCUUCAAGCUGAUAUAUGUCUUCAAUGGGUUGGUAAUGAGAAGUUGGUUGUUGGUGCAUUGUCUGACGUGGCUAUUAGAACACCCAUCCCCGAGCUGAGUGAGUUAUUUGCUUGUAUGUGGGUAAAAACGAAAGAAACCAACCAGGGGACACCAAUAUCUUAUGCUAUCAGUGGAAGCUAUAAUGAGUUCAUCCUAUUCGAUACCAGUAAUUUGGAAGUUGUAAUGCGAGACACCAAUGGGGGCAACAGUGGUAUUGCUGUGAAUGAUGACGAAUGGCACCAUGUGUGUGUCACGUGGUCAUCUAAUGGUGGCAUAUGGGGUAUAUAUGAUGAUGGUGCUUUGACUGCAUCUGGUUCAGGUCUUCGGAGUGGAAGCGUAAUCCGAGGAGGUGGUGUUCUGAUACUUGGCCAAGAACAAGACAGCUUACGUGGUGGAUACGAGUCUAGCCAGACAUUGAAAGGAGAGCUGGCAUACUUCAAUAUGUGGAGCAGAAUUCUGACUGAUGAUGAAAUAGGGCAACUCGCAGCAGAGUGUAAUGGUGAUACAGAAGGUGAUCUGUUUGCCUGGAGUUCGGCCGAUAUUGAUCUUGAUGGCACUCUUGAGAAACUGCCAUCUGAUGUAUGUCAGUAG